AUGAAGGCGAGCCCCGCGGCAGCAGCCGCCGCGGCGGCGGCGGGGGCACCGGGGCAGGCACCGGGGCAGGCGGCGGGGCCGCGGGAGCCCGAUGCGCGCUGGCGGGAGAAGGGCGAAGCGGAGGCGGAACGGCAGCGCACCCGGGAGCGGCUGGAGGCCACGCUAGCCGGGCUGGGCGAGCUGGAGUACCUGAGGCAGCGGCAGGAGCUGCUGGUGAAGAGCCUCCUGCUGCGGCGGCCGGCGGGCGCGGUGCCCGGGGCGCAGGGCGGGCGCGGGGAGCCGCCGGGAGAGGGGCCGGCGCCGCGCAGCCUGGAGGAGAAGUUCCUGGAGGAGAACAUCCUUCUCCUGCGGAGGCAGCUGAACUGCUUGAGGAGGAGGGACGCCGGCCUACUAAAUCAGUUACAAGAGCUAGAUAAGCAAAUAAGCGAUCUCCGCCUGGACGUGGAAAAAACGACGGAUGAACACCUUGAGACAGACAGUCGUCCAAGUUCAGGGUUUUAUGAGCUGAGUGAUGGAGCUUCUGGAUCGCUCUCCAAUUCUUCUAACUCUGUCUUCAGUGAGUGUUUAUCCAGUUGCCAUUCUAGCACUUGCUUUUGCAGCCCUUUGGAGGCAACACUGAAUAUCUCAGAUGGACGCCCUAAAUCUGCAGAUCUCAUAGGCUGGAUGGACUGUAAUAAGGAAGGCCAGCAUGAGGACCAGACCGCAGGCUCUGUCUGUCGCUCUUUGUCCACACCGCACUCAAAUUCCCUCGAUGUCGUUGCAGAUGUACAUCCAAAGUACCAGUGUGAUCUGGUGUCUAAAAACGGGAAUGACGUCUACCGGUACCCCAGCCCGCUCCAUGCCGUAGCUGUGCAGAGUCCCAUGUUUCUUCUCCCCGUGACUGAAAACCCCCAGCGAGAAGAGGAGAGGCUUGGCUGUGACAUUAGUGACGUUUGCGCUGGAUCUGAAACGGACUCGGGCAAAUCUGCCAACACUUUACUCCCACAAAGCUCUUGGCCGGCACCGUGCCCUUCCACCAGCAAGAGGAUAGACGGCUACAUCUUAAGCCUGGUUCAGAAAAAGACUCACGCGGUAAGGACUAACAAACCCAGGACGAGUCUCAACGCCGAUCCCACCAAGGGGAUCUUGAGGCACGGAAGCAUGUGUGUCAGGCAGCCUGCAGGGUUGGUGGCUCACGGUAACAUCGUGAACCUCAAGAGCUCCAAGCAAGCGUGCUUGCCUUCUGGUGGGACCACCGUUCUGGACCACACAGCACCCUCCCCAUUAAAGCAGAGGCCGAGGGAGAUGGCUGGGGAGCAGCUGGAGAGUAGGAAGGCGUCUUUGCCUACAACCUUCCCACCCAGUGUGACAAGUGAACUUCAGAGCAAGCACCUGCCACGGGGCAUCAAACCGGCGCCUCCGGAGCUCAGCCGCAAUGCGGUGGCCACGGUGGGGGAUGUCUCCAAGGAGAACGGCCAGGUCUUUGCCGCAUCUCCCAAAGAGAGCCCGGGGAAGCCCGGGGUGCUGCAGCCGGAGAACAGAGUCAGCCAGCCUCCCAAAAAAGUCCUGCUGAAGAGCAGCUUGCAGGUGGCUCGUUCCUCGUCGCCUGCUGUUGAGGAGAGGCCCGUGCUGGAUUUCAAAAGCGAGGGCUCUUCCUCCCAGAGCCUGGAUGACGGAGUGCUGGUGAACGCCCAGUACAUACCAGCCCAGCAGCAAAGUGUGAAGCUGCACAAAGGCACCCGAAACGUCAAGAUUUUGAAAAGCUCCGCGCUGAAACACAGGCCCCACCCUGCCAGCGGGCUGGAAAACGGUUCGCAGACCUUACGGGAGAAAACCAAGCCGGUCGGCAAGAAGUGCCGCUUUCCUGAUGAGUUGGAUACAAAUAAGAAACUGAAAAAACCUUCCUCGCGGGGGAAGAGAGGCGGCAGCUUGCAGCUGGAGUCGGGCUUGCAAGGUCGGCAGGGUGGCCUCCACAAAUCCGCCGUGCGGUCUCACGGGCACGGCCGAGAGGUGGUGGUGGCCAAGCCGAAACACAAGCGGGCUGACUACCGCCGCUGGAAGUCUUCGGCAGAGAUUUCCUAUGAGGAGGCCCUGCGGAGGGCGAGGAGGAACCGGCGGGAAGGUGUGGGGGUCUACUCGCAAGUCCCCCUGCCUUACGUCAGCCCGUACGCCUACGUGGCCAGCGACUCGGAGUACUCGGCGGAGUGCGAGUCCUUGUUCCACUCCACCGUGGUGGACACGAGUGAGGACGAGCAGAGCAACUACACGACAAACUGCUUUGGAGACAGCGAGUCGAGCCUGAGCGAGGUGGAGUUCGUAGGGGAGAGCACGACCACCAGCGACUCUGAUGAGAGCGGGGGCCUUAUUUGGUCUCAGUUUGUCCAGACGCUCCCCAUCCAAACGGUCACGGCGCCGGAGCUGCAUGAAAAUGCAGCGAAGGCCUUUGUCAAAAUCAAAGCCUCCCAUAACCUCAAGAAGAAAAUCCUCCGCUUUCGGUCGGGCUCCCUGAAGCUCAUGACAACUGUUUAGUGAGGUGACUUGGUGGAAUGUAUCUGCUUCUGCUUUCAGGAGCGAGGUGCUUUUGUGUACAUAUUUCCACAGAUUUUUUUGUUUUUAUAUAUAUACAAAUAUUUAAAACUUAAGGUAAAUUAUGUCACUUGUCUUCAGAACUUGGGUGGAUACUAGUGCCUUUUACGUGGAAAUAAAAGACCAUUUUACUCGUUUUAAAGAAAACCAAACCACAUAACACUGCCAUUUCCGUGAUGAACAGCCUCCAGUGCAUGGUGUCAGAAGGCUUUGAAAAAAAGGCUAAUGUCUCUGGGAAUGGGUCUUUCUUGCCUAGUUUUUUCCAGUUCUGAGUCUUACACAGGAUAUCGACAGCUUAAGGUCAUAAUGCGAUAGGGAAUAAGGGGGAGGGAGUGUGGGUGGUCUUCAUGUUUUUGCUUGUCCCUUUCUGUUGCUCCUGUCGCCACAUCUUGAACUUCUUUCUCCUGAUAGUCUCUCCUAUUUGGUUUUUUUUUGUUUUGUUUUUUUUUCUUAUUGGUUCUCUUAAAACUCAUUCCUGUCCUCCCCCAGCCUUCCCUCACCAGGAAAGGGCUCGUCUUCAAUCUGUCUCUGAGGUUAAGUUGCCUUCUCUGCAGUGCAGUCUGCUCCGAUCUCCUGGGAGUCCCACUGCGGUUGGCGGUGGUGUUCUGAGUAAACUGUUGGAGCAGCUGCCCAAGGCUUAGUAACUCCAGUAUAUUGUGUAAAACUGCUUUUGAAAAAAGAAGAAAACCCCAUAUGCAUGUCACGUGCAUGAGUAUCAGUAGUUUUAAUAUUCCUGUUGAUGUCCAAUUUACUGUACAUCAUCAAUGGCUGUUUUUAUAUAUAUAUAUCAUUGUGUAAAUUAAUAUAACACAUCAUAUGCUGUAAUAAACAGUCUGUUUUAAUACUUUUAAAAAGUUUCUUACGUUACAGACACAGUCAAUGGUUUUAUGUUGGCGGUGUCACCACUUAGAUGUCUCUGAAAUCACUGGUUAGUGUUCCCUACCAUUCAGCCAUGUAGGAAGCAGGUUGAGUUUGAAGUGUUGCUGUGGAUGUGACUUGUGCUUUGAAGGAACUGGAUUUUCCUGGCUGCUCCUGCUCUUCCUGUAACUUGCAUUUUUUAAGGGCAAGAUGGGAUUUAGGAGCUCAGAGGCAUCCUCAGGUUGUUGCUUAAGGGCAUCUCACGUUGUGGAGCAGAUGGAAAUGUAGUAUUAAUCCUCCUCACUGUCAAGGGUUCUUGCAGGCUUUGCUUGAUACAACACAGGGACAGAUGGUACGUUUCUGUAACCAAAUAGAUCUGUGUAACACAACAGGUGUCCCUCUGAAAUGUCCAGUAAAUGAAUCCCCAAGAGCUAUGUGCUCAGUGAGCUGGGCUGGAUGGAGGAAAGCAGAGACUUGCUGUCCCUGGUACCCUCUUUAGAUAAAGCAGCUGACUGUAUCACAACACUGACAAGGUUAUGGAAAGAAGUGAUAAUUGUGUCACCCAGCAGUCUCCGUCUCAGUUUCUUUUUCCUCGUAGGACUGGAGGUGAGUCUGCCAGCAAAGGAGAAAGGAGCUAACCAUAGAUAGCACUGCUUCCCAAAGCAACAGCUUUGAAGCUGCCUGGUGGGAAGGCUGGAGGUUCAUGGCAGGCAUGUCUGAUGGAGCAGCCUCUGGGGUUGGGCUGGUGUCUGCAGGUUCAUCUUCUGCUCUGACAUCUGUGAAGCAAUGGACAUACACCUGAUAGGAAUGCUGUGACUAGUAUGAAAUUCAGGGCUAUAUGUGCAGCCUGUCUGUCUCAUAGCAAGAUCUACUGAGCAGACAUCUUUCUUUUAGUUCCUCUCUGUCCUUGCUGUGGCCACUCACCUGAAAGGCAGAGCAGCUUUCUCCUCAGAUUUCCUUGCAUUGCAAAUGUAGGAAGGAGAGACAUACCCAGAAUUAAAUGGCUAUGCAUCUGGGAGCAGCUUCUUAGACAGCGGUAAAGCUUUUUCUAAGGGGCAUAUUUUAUGUUUUAAUCUGCAGUGCAGUAAAUCCCUGCCUAGAAAGUGUCUCUCAUAUAUUGUUUUUUCCCUUUUUUUUAAAUAGAGGAGUGUCAGUUUCUGUAAAGGAUCUUUCCGUAUGGUCAUGACAUUCUGUGAUCCAGAAUGUCCUUGCACUUCCAUCUCCCAUGGUACAGGAAAAGCUGUAACUCACCUUACCUGGUCAUAACUUCCCCAUUGCUUUACACGUGAAAGGACAGCUUGUGUGCGUGUGUGUAUUUGUAUAAAUGGGUUUUUAUGUUGGUAGGGAAUAAUUCAUCCAGAAAUUACUGCACGAUAACUACCGUUGUAGAGAGGGAAUAUUUGUUAUUGAACAUGGCAUUACUAAGGCUAAGCAGCAGCUUAAUGCAUUCCCACUAAAGAACUGAUGGGUGUUCUGUCAAACAAAGGGAAUGUCAAGAAGCUUGUCGAAGCUGGUAGUUUCUCUCCUAGAGUAUCUCUUAAUCGUGCCACAUAAUCUCUCUUUGAGUGAGAAAAACCUGUGCAAAUCCCUGUAAAUCUCCUCAGAACUGCAGCAGAGUAGCAGAGAGGGUCUUCAGAUGUGCACUCUGUCUCCCUGGCUCUAGAGGAGCCGCUGGGAAGGGAACACAAACCCACCAGUGGUUUUGGGCUGAGGGGUUUUUCAUUGCAGUGCUAUAACAGAUUCUCUUGUACCAGGUGAGAGAGGCUGGUUUUCAAAAGUGAGCUGCUGAAUAGUUUAUUUUUAGAUAACUGAGUAAAAAAAAGAAAAGGAAGAAAAUAACCACCUAAAUACAGCUCAUAAAUACAGCCCGUACUGUAUCAGCUGCAACCACUGUAUUCUGCAGUGCUCUUGCUGAAUGGCUUAAUACCAGACUGGGAAAUGGGCUGAUGCUAUCUCCGUCUUAAUUGCAUCUGAACCUUUUCAGUUUGGGGAAGGAAUUUUCCUAGUCUUACUCGAUUUAGGUAAGCAUCCAGAAUCCUUUUAACAGGCUUAUUUUUUUUUCUCUUUGCUCCCUAACCCCCUUUAAAAAAAAAAAACAUUAAAAGACCUUACAGUUCUGGAAAAGUACUUGAUAGGGUCCCAAUACACAAGGCACAUUAUCUUCUCUGGUUCUGAUUUAGGAAACACAUCUGAGUUAGUAAGUUUUUGCAAUGUUGGGUUGAAAAACAUCUGCUGAUCUUGGAGAACAGUUAAAUAUCUGGCACUUUUUUUAAAACUACUUGGCUUUCCAGCUCCACGGCCUUGAGACCUUGCCAGUGUAUUUUUCAUAAUGUCCACGUUUUAAUUAUCCCCAGUGUUUAUGGUAGUCUUUAGAAGUUUGAGGCAGGAACGUUUGUCUUCAGUGCACUGGGGCCUAUUUCAAGAUGGGGGCAGGUCGUGGUAGAGAGGUUUGGGAUUAGCUACCCCUGUACUCCAUAUAUAACUGAGUGCAGGAAUGUACAGAAGCAUACGCCUAACAUAAAGAACAAGAGCAGAUCCCUUUAGCUCAAAUCCUUGCAAUUCAGGUUAAAUAUCACCCCUGCACAUCUCUGAAGUGUCACCUCUCCCAGUGCAGGAAUCAGCAUUGUGCAUGCUGUGAGAUGCUGUCACUUGAAAGGGAUGAGUAUGUCGCUGUGCUGUCUGCCUUUCAGCAGGCUUUUUGAGGUCUCUCUUCUGCUCCCUGAAACCCAGCCACCAGCUGUGGGUCAGCAGAUCAUGAAGCAAGCUGUGUCUGGUGUGUGUGCAGGGUCAGAGAGAGGCCCUGGCAUUGAGCCUAGACAUCCCAACUGUGUGAGGCCCUUGUUCUGGAUAUCACGCUUGUCGUGAGAAAUUCCAUGUGGUGCAAGGAUUUGGACAGCUGGGUCUGAAGGAAGGUGGCAAUGGAGAGCCCCAUAAGUGGAGUCAUCUGAUCCUGAUUCAUCUGCAUUUCCAGGAGAGGCUGAAAGAGAAGGUGUUUCAGUCUCAUUGCUUGCUCAAAACUUAGACUGGGGUAAUCAGAGUCCUCUGAGGGACUGUGCCUCAUUUCUCCCAGUACUCUUUAAAUUAUCAAGGCCACUAUUGGCACUGCUAGUUGCUGAGGUGCUUUAACCAUCAGCCCAAGCUGUGCAAGAGCUUUACUGGGACAAAUGAUAAGCUCCAGUUCUGCAGGUCUGGUUCUCGAUUUUCUGUGGAACAACUCUUGCUUGCAGAGAGCUUCUGCAGCUUUCACUUAUCGGAGACUUCAGAAGGAAUCUAUCCAUCCCUUACAAGUUUUCAAGUUUUCUUCUGACUUGGGGUUCAUCCAAGAGAAGGACUGACAACAGAUUCUCAGUGACAGAGUCCUGUGUCCUCACUAUUCCCAAAUCUGUGAGUUUGUUGGCUCAGAGAAAGGUCUGGCACUCCUCAGGUGGCAGCCAGCAAAGCCAUCCUUGGGGAACCUGCAUCCCUUUCUGCCACAAAUUAGCUAUGGUUGCCAUUCAGCAGGUGACUUACCACACUAGGGACGUCUCUCUGUCAACAUGUGAUUUUUCCUCAUAGGAAGGAACAAGGACAUGAACAUUUUGAGGAAGCAGAAACAGCUAAAGAUGUUUUCAAUAGCUAACUUCAGCAUCUAGGAUGUACCUUUGAGAUAGCCAACAGUAACAGAUACAGCUGGGCUGCUAGGACAAAAAACCGAACCGUUCUCAAGCCUUUGCAAUGUUCUGUGCACAGUGCAGAGAGGACACAGAGGCUGCAAAUCAAUGGAGACAAUUCGUGAACCUCAAGGCUUUCUUUCAAAUCUGCUUUUCUCUGAACCUCCAAGGAAUUGUGUUGAGGCUUUUUUCUUUGCAUGAUUUUUCUUUCUCUGACUGAACAUAUAAAUGGAGCCCUGUGGUGAGAAACAAUCGCUCUGGGGGUUAAAAAAAUCACAGAGUGCUGGAAUGAGAGGAGAUACAUGGAAACAAAUGGGAGAUCAAUUUAAAAGUGAUAAUAGAAUGUGCUUUUUUAUGCAUAGGGAAUUUGCUGCAACAGGAAACAGCGAGGCAGAUAUAUCAGCAAGUUCAAAGGGGGUAGAGAAGGUAGGGAAGGAUGUGUGCUCCAUCAUCCCCAGUCACUGACUGAGGAUGCUAGGACAAGUGGGAGGUGAGUGGUGCAGAGUGGCCAGGCUUGUGUGCACCCCCUAAAGGUGAUCUUUUCCUGUAGCUGCUGAAGCACUGUCAGCUGGAGGAGAUGCACUAUCCUGCUGACUCAGCAGACCAUUCCCUGUAUUCAUGUGAUCUUGGUGUAGCUGACAGAAGUUGUCUAUGCAAUUGAAUUUCCUCCCUCUUCAUUAGUCUGUUGUCCUCCUGACUGCUGAUGAAAUUAGUUUUACAUUGCUUUGCAAACAAGUUGACUUUGCACUCUUGGCUGAUGGGGGCAUGAUUUAUUCAAACCACGGACACGUGUUUCUGGUAACUCGUGUCCUGUAGCAGCACACGGGCAGUCUGUGGCAAAGUCCUCUGUUACAGUGAAGAUCAUCUCCCUGUGAUAUAUGGACUAUGUAACAUUGUCCAUAUAUUAGUCUGCUGGGGAGUCACUCUUGGGUGGCAAUUUUACAUCCUACAGUUGCUUCUAAACUGUAGAAAAAGUUGGUGACCUCCAAACCAAAUGAACCAUCCUAGUGACAGAGUGCAUCUGUUGCACGCAGCCAUGGCACUUUGCUGUCCUUGGAGAGCUUUUCUCUCCCUCUGACUGCGUCUACAUUUGCGCUUUUGUUUGGAGCAAUGGAGCAGUCUGGAAUCAGAUCUCAUGGUCAUCUCCAUUUACCGUGUGUUGGUUUGCACCACAGAGCAGGUUUGGUGCAUGCUAGCUUGACUCCUUUGAAAUUCUGAGAGGGCACAGCAAAUGUGCUUCUACCUGAAGAGGGAUGUGGGGGUCUGAGCCAGUGAUGGCUCUCUAGAAUAGUUUCCAGUCAAAAUAGGUGGACAAGUUUGGCCCAAGUGACAUUUAGGCUGAAGUAAACACUUGAACUGUGUGUAUUGUACUUGUGGGGACCUCAGUUUGGAUCUGCUCUUUUUGUGCUGAAUGACUUAUUAAUGUAAACAGAUCUUCUCUCUCAAUUAAUGGCCUUUGUUUCCAUGCUGUAUUCCUUUAAGAUCAAUAAAGUAUGUUCAUGUUAAUAACUUGAUGUCACUGAGCCAAGCUCUGAAAAUCUGCCAUUUGUUUUUUUAAAGGAGUUGGAAUUGAAGGUCUUGGAAACCAAGAUUUUCAUGACAAUCCUGAAAGGAAAUCUAUAUUAUUUGGACUCUGACCUCAUGAUGUAAUGACUGUGUAAGCAAAUACAGUGUUUUCUCCCUGAAAA